AUGUUUGAUAUCUGGAAUAUGAAACUUCCGAGUCUAUUGUUAUCGAUCACUGAUGGUUCGCGACAUUUCAUCAAACUACAGCCAGCUCUAAAUGAUGUCUUUAUUCGAGGUGUACUUAAAGCAGCCGAAUCAACAGAUGGUAUUCCGAUCUUGACGCUGGUUAUUGAAGGUGGUCCCAAUAUUCUAAGAAUAGUUUAUUCAUCUGUCACCGCUGGAAUUCCAUGUGUUUUUAUCGAGGCAUGUCAACUGAUAUAUUUAGGUCCGGAUUUAACAUCUCUUAUGGAUAUUGCUUUUUAUCAAAAUCGUGUUGAUUUCGUUGAUGUACUAUUAGAAAUUGGAAUCGAUCUUGAUAAUUAUUUAGGAAGAAAUGAUCGUCUGCAGCUUGCUCUAGUGAAUGUACUUGAUGGAAAUAUUUGA